AUGAAGUUGCUGAGUAUUGUGACAUUUGCAGGAGCACUUGCUCUUGCGGCUGCUAAGCAAAUCGAAGGUGUUUUCACGAGCUUUGAUUCUAUUCAACUAAGUGCUAUACCAGAGGUUCAAUUCCCUACUCCUGCAACACCCAGUCAUUUGUUACAUUUUAGUUGGGAAAUGAAUUCCACUUUUGCUUCCCCUGGAGAUAAAUUCGUUCUUAGAAUGACUUGUGUCUAUUCAGUCACUCUGGGAAAAGAUACUUUCGAAUUGAUAGCCGAAGGCAAGACCUAUGCUAUAUGUUCAAUUACAAAUGCUGAACUGUCGGAUCGAAUCUCCCUCUUGGAUUGUACUGUAACUGAUGAGAUAAAUAACGGAGAUGUGGUGGAAGGUAGGGCAUUCAUUCCUGUCACUUUUAAUAUUGGAGGACGAGCCAGUCCUUUUGAUGAGGAGUGUGCGUUAAGAAUUAUACCAGGAUCUGUUCCAGUUGAUUCUCUUGCCUUCGGGACUGGUAAUCAUUCAAUCUCUACAGCCACUAAUUUCAUCGGGGUUCCAGAAUCUGGAAAUGACGCAUCUGACGUGAGUAGCAUUGUCCGGUAUGUCCCUUCGACUGAUAAUUUUGAUGGAUAUGCGGUAGGUCCGUCUCGUUGCCUUGUAGGUUCCACCUUCAACGAAUUCACCUUGAUGGUUCCUGGAGCCAACAUUGAUUGUGAUUCAGUUAAAGUGCAUGUUACUGACGCAUUCAACAUUUGGGGCCUCCCUGCAAUUCAUUAUGAAGAGGAGAUAUACUCCGAAUGCUCAUCCGAAAGAAUCUACGUCAGAACUGAGGCUACUUUGGGUAAAGGUGUUACUCCAUUUGUUGAAUAUAAAUUUACCAAACCCGGCACUGAUAUUAUCCAAACUAGUCUUGUCGCUCACACUGUUGGAUCAAGAGCUUGA